AUGAACAGCGUCGCUGACGCUGAAACAACUGGGAAGGGGCUGGAGGCGCAGAGCGGUGGCGGAACUGUCCGCGGUGCUGCCGGCGGAGCCAGCGCGGAGCCUCCCGCGGACGGGGUAGGGAUGCUGCGGGGGAGGAGGCGAGCACGAGGAAAGCGGUGGUACCCCAAAAUGCCCUCAUUUAGUGACCGAGUCCCUGCAGACUUUAUCCCUGGUGCCGGGAGAGAUUACGCCAGUCAAACGGAUAUGAGCAAGCAGCUUGUGAACAGUCCUGAAGCGGUGGCUCCCGGACCCAAGGAAGGUGCCGGAGUUGUAAGAACCGGCCCCGAAAAUGAGCCCCAAAAUGACCCUCUGCAAGCCCCCGCCGCCACCGCCAGGCUUCCCCCGUCACUCUCGAACGACAGCAAAACCUUUCUCUCGGAAGAAGCGAAACCAAAUGAGUUUGAGAGGACCAAAGUCGGGAUCUGCAAGCUCAGCAGCACCCCGGUGCAAGCCAACUCCACCCUCCGCAGGGAAUCUCUGGAAACCUUCCCCUGCAAGCCGAGCCCCGGGGCAGGGAUUGCCGGGCAAGCUGCGAUCCCUCAUUGCAAAAUUCCCUCUUUGCAAAGCACAGACGGGGACGCUACUCUGAGCCUUGGUAAGAGCACACUGGAGCAAAACAACGCCAAGGGCGCCUGGGUGACCUUGAGCCAGAGCACGGUGGUGCUGGGCACAGAUGGCAACACUUCUGUUCUUCCUGGCAGAGUGGAGGGGGAAGACGAUGUGGGGGAUGAAAAUAAAGCCCGAGGGAACUGGUCUAGCAAGCUGGAUUUCAUCCUCUCCAUGGUGGGUUAUGCAGUGGGGCUGGGCAAUGUCUGGAGGUUCCCGUACCUGGCCUUUAAGAAUGGGGGAGGUGCGUUUCUCAUCCCCUAUUUGAUGAUGUUGGCUCUAGCUGGGAUCCCCAUUUUCUUCCUGGAAGUCUCCCUGGGGCAGUUUGCUAGUCAGGGCCCCGUGUCGGUCUGGAAAGCCAUCCCCGCCCUGCAAGGCUGCGGCAUUGCCAUGCUGAUCAUCUCGGUGCUGAUAGCCAUUUAUUACAACAUUAUCCUGUGCUACACGCUUUUCUACCUGUUCGCCUCCUUUGUGCCCGUGCUCCCCUGGGCGUCCUGUAACAACCCCUGGAACACGCCAGACUGUAAAGAUAAAAACAAACUUUUGCUAGAUUCCUGCAUUAUUGGCGACCAUCCAAAAAUACAAAUCAAGAACUCUACUUUCUGUAUGAGUGCCUAUCCAAAUCUAACCAUGGUUAACUUCACCAGGGAAGGAAACAAAACAUUUGUCAGUGGGAGUGAAGAAUACUUCAAGUACUUUGUACUGAAGAUUUCAGCAGGGAUUGAAUAUCCCGGUGAGAUUAGAUGGCCCUUGGCAUUAUCUCUUUUCCUAGCUUGGGUGAUUGUUUAUGCCUCCCUUGCCAAAGGAAUCAAGUCAUCAGGAAAAGUUGUGUACUUCACAGCUACAUUCCCCUACGUGGUUCUCAUCAUCCUUCUCAUAAGAGGAGUAACUCUACCUGGAGCUGGAGAUGGGAUCUGGUACUUCAUCACACCCAAGUGGGAGAAGCUGAUUGAUGCUAUGGUUUGGAAGGAUGCUGCCACUCAGAUUUUCUUCUCCUUAUCUGCAGCAUGGGGAGGUCUAAUUACCCUCUCUUCAUACAACAAAUUCCAUAAUAACUGCUACAGGGACACUUUGAUAGUCACGUGUACCAACAGUGCCACAAGUAUAUUUGCAGGCUUUGUCAUCUUCUCAGUUAUUGGCUUCAUGGCAAAUGAACUCAAAGUGAAUAUUGAAGCUGUGGCGGACCAAGGUCCUGGGAUUGCUUUUGUGGUUUACCCAGAAGCCUUAACUAGGCUGCCCCUCUCUCCCUUCUGGGCUAUAAUAUUCUUUUUGAUGCUUCUAACUCUUGGAUUAGACACCAUGUUUGCCACCAUCGAGACUAUCGUGACCUCUGUGUCAGACGAAUUCCCCAAGUACUUACGCACGCACAAGGCUCUGUUCACUCUGGGCUGCUGCGUGUCUUUCUUCAUCAUGGGAUUUCCUAUGAUCACUCAGGGUGGAAUGUAUAUGUUGCAGCUUGUGGACACUUAUGCAGCCUCUUACUCUCUUGUCAUUAUUGCCAUCUUUGAGCUUGUUGGAGUUUCCUAUAUCUAUGGAUUGCAAAGAUUUUGUGAAGACAUAGAAAUGAUGAUUGGAUUCCAGCCAAGUAAAUUCUGGAGAGUCUGUUGGGCAUUUGUGACCCCAACUAUUUUAACAUUUAUUCUCUGCUUCAGUUUUUACCAGUGGGAACCCAUGACUUACGGAGCGUACCACUACCCAGGCUGGUCCAUGGUGCUCGGGUGGCUCAUGCUAGCCUGCUCAGUCAUCUGGAUCCCAGUUAUGUUUGUGAUUAAAAUGCAUCUAGCCCCAGGAAAAUUUAUUGAGCGGCUCAAGCUGGUGUGCUCCCCACAGCCCGACUGGGGCCCGUUUCUGGCCAAGCACCGCGGCGAACGGUACAGGAACAUGAUUGAUCCGCUGGGAACCUCCUCCCUGGGACUGAAGCUGCCAGUGAAGGAUAUGGAACUGGGGACCCAAUGCUAAUAAUGAUUACAAAAGGAUGGCAAUAACAUUGUCAGCAUUUUCUGAUUUUUUUUCCCAUUUUUUUUUCACCCACCGCUUCUUCUUUUCCGCAGUGCCUGAAAGUGGUUGCUUAGGAAAGUGGGACUUAUUGUUGCAUGCCAUAGGGGAGGCCUAACUAGACCACUUCCAGGUGUAGGUGAUGCCUGUGACAUGUUCUGUACCCAGUGACACAGCAAAAGCCCUGCGUGUGACAGGUGACAUAGCCAGGUGUUGUCAGGUGAUGUAGGAAUAAACAAAACCAAGCAAAAAAAAUCUUUAAGAGGAAAUGAGGUGUGCAGUUUGACACACUUUCCACAAGAACCCUUUGUAACAGGUGGCUGUGAUGGGACUAGGAUUUUGCUACCAGUGUAUUUCAAGGAAAGUUCAUUCCUCAAAUAUGAUGGAAGAGCAAAGAAUGGGAUCUCCUGUAGUCCUGAUGUAGAUCCAGCAUAAGGCUCCUGUAGCAAUGGGGUUGCUUCUUCUACGCGGACAGCCAACCUUGACCCAUCAUGUCUGCACAUUUCCCUUAUGAUUUAUACUAACUUGGAGGGUUUGUUAUGUUAUUUAAACAAGUGGAGAACCUUGAAACAGCACACCAGGAAGCAAUAUAUGGGGUGAGAACAGAAACACGACAAUCCAUUAAUAGAAAAAUAAGAACAAAAUUUUAAAAAAUGAUCAAUUGAGAGACUAAACUGCAUUUGAGUCUAGAAGUGGUUUGGAAAUGGUGUCAGAAUGAGCUGUAUAGGCAUCACUGUUUGAAGUCCUGUCAUAUGUUUCUUUUGAUAAUUUGGUAUCUGUCAUUUCAACUAGGAAUGCCUCAGUUACACAAAGUAUCUGAAAACUUGCUCCACACCAAGUGCAACUGUGAUUUUACUCACCUCGCUCCAAUACUCUGAAUAUAUUUUUCCUUGUUUCUCUGCUUUUGUUUACAGUAUCUCCUCAAAAAGCCAUCAUAUAA